CACUCAACCACCAUGUUCCGCCUUACACGACCACUGGCGUCAUCGCUGAAACGGACAACGGGAAUAACAGGGCUUCUGGUACAUCCCAACCCCCUUCCCGAGCUCACGAAAACAUACGAGUCCACGCUUACCGUUCUCGCAUCCAUGCCGCAAACCUCCGUGUACCGUCAAGGAGCCGAGGCACUCACCCGGAACAAGCUCAAGAUCGUCCAGGAGAGCAAGGGGGACAUUGGAGCUGUCGAGAAGCAGUUGGACGAAGGACAGAUUGAGGAGUCACUCGAUAUCGCGGCUGAUGAGCUUCAGCUCGCAGGCAACAUGGUAAAAUGGAAAGCAUGGGAACCAUUGGCAGAAAAGGCAGAAGCUGGGCAGUGGGAGUACAUUCGGAUGUAAAAAGAUAAAAGUAUUCGCUGGAAGCAGGAUUUGAACCUACGCGGUG